AUGGCGGGCCCAAAGCGCGGCGAGGGCAAGCGUCGCAGCCGCCGCGUCAAGCACAACUGGACCGACUUUGAACUCACGACCAUGUUCGCGCUCAUCAGCCGCGGCGCCCACCGCGACAGCUACGGCAAAGCGGACAACAUCCUCCCCCUCGCGACCAAGCUCAACGAGGCCCUGAACCCGGGCGGCCACCCAGGCGAGGACAUCGACAUCGACGACGUCCGCGAGAUGCUCGUCCGCCUGCACCGGGAGAAGAAGGGCGUGAUGGAGUUUGUCGAGCGCCAGCCCCGGCCCCCGGGACGGCUGACGCGCCUGCAGCGCCUCGUGUUCCAGAAGCGGCUCGCGUACGACGGCAGCCUCUGGGAGUGGAAGGUCGACCGCCGCGAGCCCCGGGAGCGCAAGGCGCACGCCGAGAGCUUCCAGGAGUGGCGGGCCAGGCUUCUGCAGCGGCAGCAGUCGAACUGGGAGCAGAUGAAGGAUGGGACGGCUCAGGGAGGAGGCAACGUGGAGGACGGUCAGGGCCAGGGCCAGGGCGAGGGCGAGAGCCAGGACGCUGGAGGAGGUAUUGAGAACCGGACACAACGCCCCAUGGCCGUUCCCAAAAAGGGCGCGCUUGUCCGCUCGCUCCGCAGGAAGGGACAAGCCGUUACCAAGCCAGACGCUGCUACCAAGCCAGAGGCCAUGACCAAGCCGGCCACCAACGACGAUAAGGACAUGUUUGUGGAGCAGGAUGGAAACACAAUGACACAGUCAGCAUCGCAGAUGAAUCCUGCGGGUGCGGCCAAUGGACCCGUCGCUGGAGCGAGUGCUCAACAUGCGCCCCUGCCUCAGCUGGGUGCUUGGACUUCCACUUCGUCGCACAAUGCUGACCAUCGUUUUGGCGGUCAGUAUGGCCCUGCUCAGGCGGUGGGCGGCGAUGGCAGAGGUCAGUACCUCGCCCGACAUGAUCGCUCUUCCACCGGAGCUCAGUACACCACCCCCUUCAACAUCGGUUUGUAUGGCAGCGCUCAUGCAGAUAAUGGCAGUGGUGGUCAUGGUCAUGGUGGUAACUGGCACACCGGCAGCGCCGGAUACCGAGGACAGCGCGAGCUCCCGCCCCCAUUCGCCAACUCACCGGUCCCACAGCGUGAUACCCCCUUUUCGCCCAUCGCGACUCCCUGCAGCCCAGCAGAGGGAUACCCGCAGACCGAGCGGUUCCCGACCACCAACGACGGCGGCGGCGGACGGGGAGCCUGGACCCCCACCACAGGCGAGUGGAAUCAUCCCGCGCACGCCCAAGCCGGAAUGGGCCAUGGAUACGGCCAAAUGCCGCAGGGCACGACAGGGAUGCCAAUGCCAUAUGCUGCCCACCCGCGCAGCACGGCCUGGGAGGGAGGCUUUCGACAUCACAGCAGCGAGGAGGGCAUGGGCAUGCGCCCCCACCCUCCGUUGGGAGCGUACGGCACGCCCGACGCCUCGAGCAGCGGCACGGGCUCGCCUUACUACGGCCGCGGCGGCAUGGGCCAAGGCCCGUGGGGUGGUCGCCCGGCUUAG